UGUGUGAUUGUAGCAGCCUUGUUGUCUGCCUCGCAUUCUUUGUUGCUGUCCAAUGAUUAUUAUGAGAAAUCAUGCCCCUCGGCACUUUCCAUUAUAAGAUCUGAAAUGGAUAUGGCAGUUGCCAAAGAAGCUCGCAUGGCUGCUUCCAUAUUACGUCUGCAUUUUCAUGACUGCUUCGUCCAGGGAUGUGAUGCAUCGCUCUUGCUGGAUGACACUCCAACAUUUACAGGCGAGAAGACAGCCAAUCCAAACAGAAAUUCAAUUCGAGGACUAGAGGUUAUCGAUGGCAUUAAAGAAAAACUGGAGAGUGCAUGUCCUGGCAUUGUUUCUUGUGCAGACAUACUCGCUGUUGCAGCUCGUGAUGCUGUUAUACUGGAUGGUGGUCCCUAUUGGGAUGUUCCUCUGGGAAGGAAAGAUUCAAGGACUGCAAGCUUGGAUGAAGCAAACAAUAAUAUUCCCACCCCAAAUUCAACUCUAUACACCCUCCUAAAAAAGUUUCUGCUGCAGGACCUUUCUCCCACUGACUUGGUUGCACUCUCUGGUGCACACACAAUUGGACAAGCCAGAUGCACAAGUUUCAGGGACAGAAUUUACAAUGGGAAUGGAGGCAUUGAUUCAGAUAAUGCAUAUAUGUCUGUAUUGAAAGGCAUAUGUCCUCCAAGUGGUGGGGAUAAUAACUUAUCUCCAUUGGAUUCUGUAAGUCCUGUGUUAUUCGACAACGCUUAUUACAGAAACAUAGUUAAUGGGCAAGGCCUUCUCACCUCUGACCAAGAGCUGAGUAUGCAUGGAAGCAUAACAUCUGAAAUUGUACAAAGAUAUGCUGGGGACCCAUUGGCAUUUUGGCAGCAAUUUUCAGAUUCCAUGGUGAAGAUGGGAAACAUUGUGAAUCCUCUUACAUUCAUCACUGGUGAAGUGAGAAACAAUUGCCGAUUUGUCAAUGAAUAA